AGAUUCUGAAAAUGUUCCUGACAGGAAAGUCCAGAACUCAUUGUGAGGAUGUUCCUCUGGAUGUGUUUCUGAAGGGAGCAACGAAUAAAGCAUUGAGCAGUAAAAAUGGACAUCUGGAUCUUUUCCUUCGAUUUCUUCAUGGCAUCUCACUGGAGUCCAAUCAGAGACUCUUACAGGAUGCACUGAUACACACAGAGAACAACCCAGAGAGCAUCAAGAACAUAAUCAACAACCUCAAACGAGGUCAAAAAAACAAUGUUUGUCCUGAAAGAUGGAUGAAUCUGUCACACUGCUUGAUUGAGAUGAAGGAUAACUCUGUAGUUGAAAGAGUGCAGGUGCUUUUAAAAUCUAAAGCAAAAAGUAAAAGUCUUUCUCUUGCACAAUGCUCAACUUUGGCAAACAUGAUCAUGAUGUCGGAGGAGGUGCUGGAUGAGUUAGACCUUAAAAAGUAUAAUAUCAAAUCAAAAGAGGGUCGAUGGAGACUGUUCCCUGCUGUGAGAAACUGCAGAAAAGCUCUAUUGGCACGCUGUAAUCUCACUGAUCAGCACUGUGAAAUCCUGUCUUCAGCUCUACAAUCAUCAAACUCUUCUCUCAGAGAGCUGGACCUGAGUAACAAUAACCUGCAAGGUUCAGGAGUGAAGCAGCUCUGUGCUGGACUGAAGAGUUCAAACUGUCAACUCAACAUACUGAGAUUGGCAGGCUGUCAUCUCUCUGAUCAGCACUGUGAAAUCCUGUCUUCAGCUCUACAAUCAUCAAACUCUUCUCUGAGAGAGCUGGACCUGAGUAACAAUGACCUGCAGGAUUCAGGAGUGAAGCAGCUCUGUGCUGGACUGAAGAGUCCUAACUGUCAACUCAACAUACUGAGAUUGGCAGGCUGUCAUCUCUCUGAUCAGCACUGUGAAAUCCUGUCUUCAGCUCUACAAUCAUCAAACUCUUCUCUGAGAGAGCUGGACCUGAGUAACAAUGACCUGCGAGGUUCAGGAGUGAAGCAGCUCUGUGCUGGACUGAAGAGUCCUAACUGUCAACUCAACACACUGAGAUUAUCUGGCUGUUUGGUGACAGAAGACGGUUGUGCUGCUCUGGCAUCAGCUCUGAGUUCAAACCCCUCACACCUGAGAGAGCUGGAUCUGAGCUGCAAUCAUCCUGGAGAUUCAGGAGUGAAGCUGCUCUCUGAUACACUCAAACAUCUGGACAAACUCAAAAACCUCUUGUACAGCAGCUCUCACUCCGGACUCUGGAGGAUACAUGAAGGACAGAAUGGCAGUUAUCACGACAUCUCGUUCUACACGGACACCUCCGACCACACCGAGCAGGAGAAGCACCUUUUGAAGUUGCACAGGGUCAUCGUGGUCCUGCUGCCUCUCAGUCUGGUGCUGCUGGUCUUUGGUGGGAUCUUCGGUCUGGUGGCAUCUUUGGCUCAGAGCUGCACUCUUCUCACCUGCAUCGCUGCAUACUUCCUCAUCUGCAGUCUGUUGACGGUGUCCGGUGUAAGCAUCUAUAUCAGUUACUCUCAGCAGGCUUUGGAGGAGCUGCAGCACAUGGUGGAUAUUGAGUCACUGUCUCACGUCCACAUGUCCUUCGGCUGGUCUCUGGUCAUGGCCUGUCUGUCCUUCUGCCUGGAGCUGCUGACGGGGAUCCUGCUCAUGCUAGCGACCCGUUUCAUCCACCGUCAGUGCCACCACGAGCCUGCCGCAGUGCUCUCCAUGAGCCAGAGCUCACCACAGCUUCUGAGACUGCAGUGA